UCGGCAGUCUCUACAAGAUAUAUAUAUACACACACAUGUUUAUAUUCAUUGGCCAAGAGAGCAACCAAAGCGGGAAAGCCGACGAAAGAAGCAUUCAUUAGCCCAAUUACAGUUGUGUUUAAACCAUUAGAUCCAAGGCUUAAGCUGCAGGAAGAAUCUCAUGCCUAGCUCCUGAAAAAAUUUACAGUCGCCACUUUAUCAUCUAUGCUUCACGUUCCCGUUUUCCAGAAGAGAAAGACGAAAGGGUAUAGAUGAAAUGGGAUCCCUUGAGGCAAGAAGUACAAACGAAAAGCUGCUUAUAAGCAGUUCAAGAGAAGAGAACAAUAAUGGCGCAGAUGAAACGAGCAGUGGUUUUAUGAAGGUGACAAGAGAAGCAUUGAACAAGUGUUUAGAUGAUUUGAAAGAUUUUACGAGAAAAGCAUGGGAAAUGGGUCGGUCCGAUCCUCGAAAAGUUAUAUUUGCAGCAAAAAUGGGACUAGCACUAUCAGCUAUUUCCUUGCUCAUAUUCUGGAAAGGCUUGAACCAAGAUGUUGCUCAGUACUCCAUAUGGGCAAUACUCACUGUCAUUGUCAUGUUCGAAUUCACCAUAGGAGCAACCUUAAUCAAAGGAUUUAAUCGUGGAUUGGGAACACUCUGUGCCGGAAUACUUGCAUUUGGUUUCGCUGAGCUCUCUGUUUUGGCUGGCCAGCUCGAGGAAGUUGCAAUUGUCAUAAGUAUCUUUAUUGCAGGGUUUUGUGGAUCUUAUCUGAAACUUUACCCGACAAUGAAGCCAUAUGAAUAUGGAUUCAGAGUGUUCAUAUUGACGUAUUGCAUACUUAUGGUAGCUGGGAACAGAACCAGGGAAUAUAGCGAGGCAGUUGUAACAAGACUGGUACUGAUUGGACUGGGUGCUAGUGUUUGUUUUGUGGUAAACAUAUGCAUUUACCCUAUCUGGGCAGGCGAGGCUCUGCACGAUUUGGUGGUUAAAAACUUCAAAGACGUUUCCAAUUCAUUGCAAGGUUGUGUAAAUGGGUAUCUGAAAUGUGAUUCAUACGAGAGAAUCCCAUCAAUGAUUCUCCCAUAUCAAGCUUCUGAUGAACCUCUUUACAAUGGGUAUCGCUGGGUUGUGGAAUCUACAGGCAAAGAGGAGACACUGUUGGGGUUUGCUAUUUGGGAACCUCCUCAUGGGCGCUAUAGAAUCUCUAACUAUCCAUGGAAAAACUUUGUCAAACUAAGCGAUGCUCUAAAGCACUGCGCCUUCACGGUGAUGGCUCUACAUGGGUGCAUUCUUUCAGAAAUACAGGCUCCUGCAGGGAAAAGACGGGUGUUCGCCGGUGAGCUCCAGAAGGUUGGAACAGAAGGUGCGAAAGUUCUGAGCGAGCUGGGAAACAAACUAGAAAAAAUGGAAAAAUUAAACCCAGCUGGUGACAUACUCAAAUCUGUGCAUGAGGCAGCCGAGAAGUUACAGAAGAAGAUAGACCAAAAAUCAUAUCUUCUGGUAAAUUCAGAGAGCUGGGAAAUUGGAAGACGACCUAAACUGGAAGAGCCAGAAAAAUUUGCAGGCACAAACAACAAUGAGAACAUUGAAUUGGGUGUGAAGUCUUUAAGCGAAACUGUGCUUGACCUGAGGUCAAUUCCUGGUGCGAUAGAAGCUUCGUGGCCCUUGCAGGUGAGUAGGUUAAUUGAUGAGUCGGAGGAGGAAGAUGAAUCCAAAACCUACGAAAGUGCGAGUGGGUUGUCAUUGGCCACAUUUGCUUCGCUUCUGAUUGAAUUUGUUGCUAGGCUCCAGAGUGUUGUUGACUUAUUUGAAGAACUGAGCGAGAAAGCGGACUUUGCAGAACCUGAUUUUGACAAACAGGUUACUAGGUCGAGGUUUGAUGGUCUCUGGGCUGGGCUCUCUAAAUUUUUCAGCCUCAAAACUUGAGACACCUACCUUCAAACUAAUUUUCUCUUCAAUUAGGAAACUAAAUUUUUUUAAUUUUGUAAAUUAUAAUUUGCAUUUGAAUAUGGUAGAAUAAAGGGCAAAUUUGGAAGAUUAUUAGGGUGCAUGAA